AUGGCUACUCAAGGAUGGGAACGUGAUGACGAAUUUGCUCAACGUGAUAAUACUAAUGCCUCUACAUCUACAUCUAUGAAUGCAACAGCUAGCCAAGAUGGUAAAGAAGAUGUCUCAUUGUCUGGUAGUGUCCAAAAACGGCGUCGCAAUUUACUACAAGAGUCGCACUUGGUCUCAGCCGAAGGGUUUAAAAAGGUUCAUCGAACGUUUCCGUAUCAAGUAGGUGCUGAUGUAUCAGGACGCGAAGUUCAAGCACUAGCAUCUUUGAUCAAAAUGUACAAACAAUGGGCUUUUGAUCUCUACCCGGGCCUACACUUUGAGGAUUUUGUCGAUCGUACAGAGACAUUGGGAAAAGGACAUCAAGUACAAGGUCUUAUGACGGAAUUGAGAGAGAUGGAAAGGAUGAAAUUUCUUGAAAAGAAAAGACACAAAGAAGUUGACGAAAGAGACGACGAGAAAGGCAGUAAAGGAUCGAAAGUCAUACUUUAG